AUGUUUGUUGCGUCUGGAGAACAGCUACUUGCACCAGCGAGUGAAGGCACUCGACCUGUUUUGAACCGCCAGACCAUGUGUGUACUAACAGACGUGUAUUUCGUUGCUGAAGCCACAAGCGUUGACGCUUUGGGAGUGGAAUCGGCAGCAUCCGUGGACGCAUCUGGCCAUGAUAUUACAGGUUGGCAUCAGCGGUUUGGACAUCGAAAUCACGCGGGACUUUCGAAGCGCUUGAAGCGUCUCGACUUUGCGCUGCCAAGUAGUGAUGAUACUGAAUGUUUAACAUGCGUCAGCAGCAAAGUUACUCGCAAGCCGCUUGCAUCACGAGAACGACGCGGUCUUGCGAAGCAGCAGCUGUGGACUUGUAUGGACUACGCUGGCCUGAUGCAGGUGUUGUCACCUAUUGGUCACACGGGCAUGGUCAACAUCCUGAUUGAACUCUUUCAUAGCGAAGCGGUAGAUCUGGUCCGCAGCUAG